AUGAAGUUGUCUUCUAGUUUUUUUGGUGGGGGUCAAAUGGAAGAGGAAGAGAAGAUUGUGAAAGGUGAUGAUGUAAUUGUCGAGUUGGAUGCAACACUUGAGGAUUUAUAUAUGGGAGGAUCAUUGAAGGUUUGGAGGGAGAAAAAUAUUUUAAAACCAGCCCCCGGUAAGAGACGCUGCAAUUGUCGAAAUGAGGUCUAUCACAGACAAAUUGGUCCGGGGAUGUUCCAGCAGAUGACAGAGCAGGUUUGUGACCAGUGCCCAAAUGUAAAAUAUGAAAGAGAGGGGUAUUUUAUCACUGUGGACAUUGAGAAAGGGAUGCAAGAUGGGCAGGAGGUGGCCUUCUACGAAGAUGGUGAACCCAUAAUAGAUGGUGAAUCAGGGGAUCUUAGGUUUCGGAUUCGCACUGCACCCCAUGAUCGCUUCAAAAGGGAAGGCAAUGACCUGCAUGCAACUAUUACGAUAACUCUGGUAAUUUUUAAUCUCACUUGCUGAUCUGGUGCAUUACUCAGUGAGAUCAACAUGGGUAUGGCUAUGGCAUGUCUGUUCCUUUUGAGUUGAACAGACUUUUAUUGUCAAUUUUCUAUUUACCAGUAACCAUUUAAGAAAUUCGAAGGCCAGUCAGCUUAGAAUAUUUGGCUCUAAUUCAUUUCAAAUUUUCCUGUAAAUCAGACAUUUUCGGGGAUACUGAAGUGAUUAUUGAGUUUGUUUGGUCUUGAAAAAGGUAGUGGAAUGCCUAUAAACCUAGCUUAGUAUCCUUUAGAAAUUCCAAUACAGCCCCCCUUUACAAUGUUUAAGCACGGGCAACUCCUACUUGAUCCUGUGGGAUAGGGAAAAAUCUGAAGAG